AGCCUGGGAGGAAGUGGGGAGGAGGGGACUCCCAUAGAAACCCCUCCUCUCCUCCUGCUCGCGUCUCCUCCCUGCUCCCAAAUCCCAGCUCUGUCGCUUGGUCACUGCGGUUCAGGGAAGCGCCUUCCCGGUGCGUCCCUCUCUGCGCCUGGCCCUGCCUGCUCCCACCUGCCCCCGUGGAAAUCGCAGGGAGACCUGAAACCAAUAGAGCCAUGGCAACUCCCUCUGCUGCCUUCGAGGCCCUUAUGAAAGGCGUGACAAGUUGGGAUGUACCCGAAGAUGCUGUUCCAUGUGAACUGCUUCUUAUUGGAGAGGCUUCAUUUCCUGUGAUGGUGAAUGACAUGGGCCAGGUCCUCAUUGCUGCCUCCUCCUAUGGCCGUGGCCGCCUGGUGGUUGUGUCCCAUGAGGACUACCUGGUGGAAGCCCAGCUCACGCCCUUUCUCCUGAAUGCGGUGGGGUGGCUUUGUUCUUCCCCUGGGGCUCCCAUUGGUGUACACCCAUCCCUGACACCUUUGGCCAAAAUCCUCGAGGGCUCUGGAGUAGAUACAAAGGUAGAGUCAGAAGUGAAGGACUCCCUUGGGGUUUACUGUAUUGAUGCCUACAAUGAAACCAUGAUGGAAAAGCUGGUCAAGUUCAUGAAACAUGGUGGCGGCUUGCUGAUAGGAGGACAAGCCUGGGAUUGGGCCAGCCAAGGUGAUGAUGAAAGGGUUCUGUUCACAUUCCCCGGGAACCUCGUGACCAGUGUGGCUGGCAUUUACUUUACUGACAACAAAGGGGACACGAGCUUCUUCAAAGUCUCCAAGAAGAUGCCCAAGAUUCCAGUGUUGGUUAGUUGUGAAGAUGACCUCUCCGAGGACAGAGAGGAGCUUCUGCAUGGGAUUUCAGAGCUGGACAUCAGCAACUCAGAUUGUUUCCCAUCCCAGCUGCUAGUGCAUGGGGCUUUAGCCUUUCCUCUAGGGUUAGAUUCCUACCAUGGCUGUGUUAUAGCGGCUGCCCGCUAUGGCCGGGGCCGGGUGGUUGUAACUGGCCAUAAGGUAUUAUUCACUGUCGGUAAACUGGGCCCCUUUCUGCUCAAUGCUGUCCGCUGGCUAGAUGGGGGCCGCAGAGGCAAGAUUGUGGUGCAGACAGAGCUGAGAACCCUGAGCGGCCUGCUUGCAGUGGGGGGCAUAGACACCAGUAUUGAGCCCAAUCUGACCAGUGAUGCAAGUGUCUAUUGCUUUGAACCUGCGAGUGAAGUGGGGGUCAAAGAACUGCAGGAGUUUGUAGCAGAGGGUGGCGGGCUGUUUGUUGGAGCCCAAGCCUGGUGGUGGGCCUUCAAGAACCCAGGAGUGUCCCCUUUGGCUCGAUUUCCAGGAAACCUCCUCCUCAACUCCUUUGGCAUUAGCAUUACAAGCCAAAGCCUCAAUCCAGGGCCCUUUCGUACUCCUAAGGCAGGGAUAAGGACCUAUCACUUCCGCUCCACCUUGGCCGAGUUCCAGGUUAUAAUGGGCAGGAAGAGAGGAAAUGUAGAAAAGGGCUGGUUGGCAAAGCUGGGACCAGAUGGUGCAGCUUUCCUGCAGAUUCCUGCAGAAGAGAUCCCUGCCUACAUGUCAGUGCAUCGACUCCUGAGGAAGCUGCUAAGUCGAUACCGGCUCCCAGUAGCAACCCGAGAGAACCCUGUUAUCAAUGACUGCUGCAGGGGUGCUAUGCUUUCCCUGGCCACAGGGCUGGCCCACUCUGGAAGUGACCUCUCUCUGUUAGUCCCAGAAAUUGAAGAUAUGUACAGCAGCCCCUAUCUGCGCCCCUCGGAAUCUCCUAUCACUGUCGAGGUCAACUGCACCAAUCCAGGUACCAGAUAUUGCUGGAUGAGUACUGGGCUCUACAUACCUGGAAGGCAAAUUAUAGAAGUCUCAUUGCCUGAAGCUGCUGCCUCUGCUGACCUGAAGAUACAGAUUGGCUGCCACACAGAUGACCUGACCAGGGCCAGCAAGCUUUUCCGAGGCCCACUCGUGAUUAACCGGUGCUGCUUGGACAAACCCACAAAAUCGAUCACAUGCCUCUGGAGUGGACUCCUCUAUAUAAUUGUACCUCAGAACAGCAAACUGGGUUCUGUGUCCAUCACCGUGAAGGGGGCUGUGCAUGCUCCAUACUACAAGCUGGGGGAGACAACCCUGGAGGAGUGGAAGAGGCGUAUCCAGGAGAAUCCAGGGCCCUGGGGAGAGCUGGCCACAGACAACAUCAUUCUGACUGUGCCAACUGCAAAUCUUCGUACUCUGGAGAACCCUGAACCACUGCUCCGCCUCUGGGACGAGGUGAUGCAGGCUGUGGCGCGACUGGGAGCAGAGCCCUUCCCUUUGCGUCUGCCACAGAGGAUUGUUGCUGACGUGCAGAUCUCAGUGGGCUGGAUGCAUGCAGGGUACCCCAUCAUGUGCCAUCUGGAGUCAGUGCAGGAGCUCAUCAGUGAAAAGCUCAUCAGAACCAAGGGGCUGUGGGGCCCUGUCCACGAGCUGGGCCGCAACCAGCAGCGGCAGGAGUGGGAGUUCCCACCACACACCACCGAGGCCACCUGCAACCUGUGGUGUGUGUAUGUGCAUGAGACGGUGUUGGGCAUUCCUCGAAGCCGUGCCAAUAUUGCUCUGUGGCCCCCAGUUCGGGAGAAAAGAGUCAGAAUCUACCUGAGCAAGGGUCCCAAUGUGAAAAAUUGGAAUGCGUGGACUGCACUAGAAACAUAUUUACAGCUACAGGAAGCCUUUGGUUGGGAGCCAUUCAUCCGUCUCUUCACUGAGUAUAGGAACCAGACCAACUUGCCCACAGACAACGUUGACAAAAUGAAUCUGUGGGUCAAGAUGUUCUCCCACCAAGUGCAGAAGAAUCUGGCUCCCUUCUUUGAGGCCUGGGCCUGGCCUAUCCAGAAGGAAGUGGCUACCAGCCUGGCCUAUCUGCCUGAAUGGAAGGAAAAUAUUAUGAAAUUGUACCUCCUCACACAGAUGCCCCACUGAAGUUGAAGUCAAGAAAUGUAAAAAAGGAAUGGACACAUCUCAGAAAAGAAAACUGAUGGGAUUUGGUUAUAAGUGGAGAAGAUCUCAGCACAUUUCUGGAAGAGGGAAAGUGAAUGAAGCAUGAUAAUGGAAGUGAAAACCUUUCAGAUAGACUAUAAGCUGAUCUGAACAUAACCCCACAGAGACUUGAGCACCUGAAAAGUUUGUCUACUGAAGAAUUAGCCCAGUUGUAAAAUUGAGCCCUAUCCUACCCUCCCCCAACUCUUAGGCACAGAACACGGGCAGUCUCCACUAUUGAUACCAGUUAAAAACUUCUUGUUGUUGUUGCUGUUGUUGUUUGUACAAAGGAAUUGAACAAACUGCCUGUAGAGAGGUAAGAGUUGGUGCUCCAGAAUGAAAUUUCUCUUCUAGUGGAAAGAAGUGCCCCUUCCCCCAGCCAGUCAGUGAAUUCUCUACUGACAAUUGAAAGCUCCUACUGAAGUGCUGUUGCCUUCAGGUAUAGAAUGGGUUUCCUGAAGAAACAGACCUAACCAUACAACAGCAGAGGAAACUCACACCAGCUGCUAGAGAAGUCAUCAAUUACGUUGAUUCUUAAAUGGGAACGGUGAGCUGGAAAUUCCCAGACACGGGUGGUGGGGAGGGAAAAGAAUAAGAGAAAUCACCAGGUAGAAUUAGGGGCCUUGAAAAUAUAACAAACUUUGAAGGAAACAAAUACAAUGUGGAAAAAAUAACUUAAUUUUAAUUCUAUCUUCAGAGAGAUUUGAAGUAUAUUUAUAAGAUGAAAACAGGAUACUACAAAAAAAAAAAAAAAAAAAAAAAAAAAAAAAACUCAGGAGUUUGAGACCAGCCUAGGAAAGAUGGCAACACCCUGUCUGUACAGAAUACUUGUAAAAAUUGGUCAAGCACGGUGGCAUGUGCCUGUGGUCCUAACUACUUGGGAGGCUGAGGUGGGAAGAUCACUUGAGCCCAGGAGUUCAGGGCUGUAGUGAGCCAUGAUGGUGCCACUGCACUCCAGCCUGGGGGGCAGAUUGAGACCCCGUCUCUUAAAAAGAAAGAAAAGAAAAGAAAGAGAAAACUGAGAAUAAGAAGAGCUAUUCGAAAAUAAAAUAAGAAUGCUAAAAGGAUUCGGUGUACAACCUGGAAAAUAAAGUUGAGAGAAUCUCCCCAGAUAAAGAACAAAAAGAUAGAAAAUAUAAAGAAAGAAAAGAGACAUAGACAAUCAAUAUAUAAUAUUAGGAGUUCCUGGAAAAGAGGACGUAGACAAUGUAGGUGAAGAAAUAAAAAGAAUUGAAGAACAGAGCAAGCUAAGUCUCCAGAUUGAGAGGGCCCAAUACAAUAUACAUGCAGACAGAAUUUUGUAAAAUUUUCGAAUAUUAAGCAUAGAAGGAGGAUAUUAAAGUGGCCAGGGAGAAUGCAAAUGAGGUCAUCACAAUUAGCUCAACAACAACAAAAAAAAUGGGUGAGAAAUAGACUGCUAACAGAUUUGUCAUCAGCAAAAGUGAAUGCCAGAAGUCAAUGGAUCAACAUCUUCACAUAGCUUAUAGAAAAUUUUGUACCUAGAAUUUUAUAGUAAGGCAAACUGUCAAGAAUAUCUAAGUGAAGACAUUUUCUGACAGACAAAUUUUCAGAAAGUCUACCUCCUUUGCACCCUUACUGGGGAAGUAUCUUGAGGAAGUUCUUCAGCAAAAUGAGGAUGAAAACCAGGAAGGAAGAAAUGGUAUCCAUAAAACAGUGGACGUUACUUAGGAUGUCUCAUUCUAGAAUGAUAAUUAUCCAAAAGGAUUUCUUACUCUAGUAGAGUAAGACAUCCUAAGUAAGUUGCCCAAGACAAUGUGCUCUCAUGUGAAAUUAGUCUAUCCAUCAGACUAGCUCAACAACAACAAAAAAUUUGGGCUUUCUGGGAAUAAUGUCCAUUCAGUACCAUAGAUGGUAUCACUAAAGAGCUGGAAUGCUUGAGAAGAAGAUUUAGUCAAGAAAAAAAGACAAAUCAACAAUAUGUCAAAAAAUUUAGCUCCAAUUGUAGAGCAAAAGAAAAUGAGACAUGAUUUUGAGUUAUUCAUGAAAAAGAAGAAGAGGCUUGAUAGGUACAUUUCCUUUUCUAUGGUACAGGCAUGAUAACAUUGGGUGUGUAGGGAAGAAAAUAUCCUGGCUUGUACUAGGCUCUCAGUUAGAAGCAUUUAAAUUGCCAAAAUAAUGUCAAUACCAUUUGUUAGUAUUUAGUGUUCAGAUCAGCCUAUUGACAAUGUAUGAAAGACUUCAUUUUUUAUAUUCAGAACUGAAGUUGAAAGUAAUGCUGACAAAGAAAAAGCAAAAGCAGAGAUUGAGAAUUGGAGGAAGAGUGGGGGAAUGAAAGGUAGAAAUACUUACAUAUUCAAAGUGGGGAUGAAAAGAUAUUCAGUUAAUGGAACAAGAACUAGAGGAUUAGUAUAUCGUUCAAAGCUAUAAAUCAAUAGAUGUAUUAAAAAGUGACGUAACUAGCAAACAUUUGGAGACAGAUGGACAAAGGAAAGUGACGAUAGUGUAAGUUAAAUACUUAUCUUUUGUAAUGGGGAAUUAUUAAAGAUCGUGUAAAGUCAGUAAGUCAAAUUAUUGUUCAAACAUAUUAUUUAAAGUUAGAAAGGUAGUUACCAGAUAAUCUAAAAUAAAUAUCGUUAAAUACAUUUCCUCUAGUAAAUGGGACUAGAUUUCAAAACGGUGGGAUGGGAAACUGUGUUUUUCAUUUUAAGUCCUUCUGUACUAUUUAAUUUUUUACCUUGUGCAUGUAUUAAUUCAAAAAAAUUUUAAUAAACUCAAAUAAAAAUCUU